CGAUGGGGCAGACGUUCCGCCGGCCGACCGCCGACGCGCGAACCCGGUCAGUUGGGUUAGGUUAGGCGAGAAAACCAGUUGGCGCGGCGCUCGCACCACUAUCGGUUAUGUAUUAUAAUAGAUACCCGAUAUUAUUGUAUAUACCAUUGUAUUAUUCUUGUAUAUUAUAAUAUUAUUACCGUCGCCACCACCACCGACGCCGACAUCACCGAACACUACCGCCGCCGCUGACAGAACCUCGCCGCGGGCUAAAUACACCUCCGUAGUAUAACCCCGCGCACAGCACGGGAUUUUCAUACACCCUCGAAGGCGACGGGAGUGAGAGAGACGGAGAAAAACAAAAAUAAUAAAUACGGAGAGCACCUGUUUUGACGAUCGCCGCCACCGCUGCCGUCCAUCGAUCGUGACGAUAGAUCAUUUUUAACGAGUCCGGCGACGUCCCUUCUCCGAGAACCCUGCUAUUCCUUUGCGAAACUAUAUAGUCGCUGUGUAAAAUCGUGUAACGCUUCGCGUCGUAAUCGCUGCGCGUACGUCCGCUCGCCGUCAUCUCGCUUAAUACGAGUAUAUACGUGCACGUCGUGCGAGCGACAUAAAUCAUAAGUAUAGGUGUCCGUGCCUCGCCCGUCCGCGCACGAAGUCACGUAGCAAUAAUAAUAAAUAAUCGUACAGUUUAAAAAGUAUAUUAUACAUCGUCCGCUCGAUCGCCAGCGAAACGUGCGCGACGCCGCCGCAUGGCUCGUCUACCGGCCGCGGCGUUGUACUUGCUGCCGCUGUGCGCUACGGCCGUGGUCGUGUGCACGCUCAAGCACAAGCAGCAGCAGCUACAGACGAAAAAGGACGACUUGUCCCUGUGGAUCGACGAACAGCAAGUGAAAAUGUACAGUGGUCUGAAAAUGCCAAUAUAUGCAAUUAUGGAAGGUAAAGUCACGCCGUACAUUUUGGACAAAAAUUUUGAACAGUACUUGCCAGUCAUUCCAUCUGAGGUGGGUUAUGUGAACUUCACAUGGAUGUCUGGAAAUAAGAAUUAUUUUUACGUGUUUGACAUACUUGAUUCGGACGACAAAAACAUAUUGGAACCACCUACAGUUACCGUGAAAAUCGAUGGGAAAAUACCCAAAAGACCCAAAGUUUUCAGUAUAUUGUUGCCAUGUUCCGGCAACAGAUCAGGCAUUGCUAGUUUCAACAUACGGCUAUUGAUACAAAACAGAAAAGGUCGUGCUUUACCUGAUACACCAUUAAAAGUGAAACUCAGAAAAGAGUGUAUGGUUAGAGGUACAAGUAAAAGUACAAGUCUCGACUUAGUAUGUGAUAAAAAAUGUGAAAACAACGGUUGGUGCAAUGCAGACAAAAUAUGUCAGUGUCCUGAAGGUUAUAUGGGACAGUAUUGCAAAACAGCAUUGUGCUAUCCACAGUGUAUGAAUAAUGGGACAUGUGUUGCGCCAGGUGUCUGUCGUUGUCCACAAGGUUUUCAAGGACCACACUGUGAAGGAGGUAUUUGUGCAGAAAAGUGUUUAAACGGUGGAAAAUGCAUACAAAAAGACACAUGUCAAUGUCCUAAGGGGUUUUAUGGUUUACGAUGUGAAUACUCUAAAUGUAUUAUACCAUGUCUAAAUGGUGGAAAAUGUAAAGGAGUGAACAAAUGUAGAUGUAUAUUUGGUUUUCAAGGAGACCAUUGUGAAAUUGGUCAACCAAUAAAACAAUAUUAUAAUUGUAAAAGGCCUUGUCGUCAUGGAUAUUGUACAGCAAAUAGAAUCUGUCGAUGUCAACAAGGAUGGUUUGGAAAAUUUUGCCAGAGAAAAAUACUUAAACCAAAACACGAUAAUCAUAGGUCGGAAUAUCCACAUUCUUGUGAAGAUGAUGAUGAUGAUAUGGAUGAUUAUGAUGAAGUGCCCAAAAGUCAUCACAGAUGGCAUUGACUGUACAAUUAGUAUAAUAUUUUAAGUGUUAAAAAAUGUAUAAAUAAAUGAUCUGUGAUUUGUAAAGUAUACUUAAAAAAUAUAUCUAUUGGGACUUAUGAGCUUUA